UUGUGGAAACAUGGCAGCCUUCUGUGAUUCGGUUAACCUCAAGUGACAUAAAACUUGGCGAUUUGUUCAAUGAGUUGCGAUUGUAAUUAUUUUGUAUAUUUAUGACAAUGUUUCCCUUAUUACGUUGCAGUCGGUUUACUAGAACUACCAAUUCACCGAUAUUUCCUCGACCCUUUCACUCGCAAAUCAAUAAGACACGAGAGAUAUGGACACGCAAACGGUGUUUUCAGCAGAGGCAGAGUUUCAAUGGUGAUGGACAGUCCAGUACUAUAAUGCGUCUGUUUGGCCAUGCCAGAAAAGCACUGUCUUUUUCUGUUGCCCGUAGCUCAAAACCUUCAAGGGUCUCUCUGAAGUUACUUAUUGGACCUGCCGCCCUAUCUGUCACUGCAAGGGCUUUCAUCAAUGUAGCAUAUUGCCAAGAGGACAUCAACAAUAAUGUGCAUGUACAAGCCAAAGAGAAGGCUCCGGAGUUCCAUUGGGCUGUUCUUUGGGAGUUUGUGCGGCCUCAGUUCCUGGCCCUAAUAGGGGCUGUGAUUCUUGCUUUUGCAGCUGCACUCUUGAAUAUUCAGAUCCCCUUGAUGCUGGGCGGUCUGGUGAAUGUGGUGGCCCGACACAUGAGAGAACAUGCCGGCAAUUACAUCAGAGAUAUACGGGGCCCUGCCUUCAAGCUGCUUGCACUCUACUGUCUCCAGGGGGCCCUGACCAGUGGCUACAUCAUCCUUCUGUCUAAAGUAGGUGAGCGGGUGGCUGCUGACAUGAGGAAAACCCUCUUUGCAUCCUUGCUCAGGCAAGAUGUGGCCUUCUUUGAUGCUAACAAAACUGGCCACAUUGUGAAUCGUUUGACUGCGGACAUUCAAGAGUUCAAGUCUUCUUUCAAGCUUGUUAUCUCCCAGGGUUUACGGAGCAUCACUCAGACAGUUGGCUGCUUUGUGUCGUUGUACGUAAUCUCCCCCAAGCUGACCGGCCUCACUGUGGUGGUCCUGCCCUGUCUGGUGGGCGCAGGGGCCAUCAUUGGCUCCUUCCUGCGACGUCUGUCCAGAAAAGCACAGGAGCAGGUCUCAAAAGCUACCGAGGUGGCAGAUGAGGCUCUGGGAAACGUGCGGACAGUGCGAGCCUUUGCAAUGGAAGACAGAGAGCUGCAGUUGUACUCAGUUGAGGUGGACAAAUCUUGUGAAAUGAAUGAAGCACUUGGAUUUGGGAUAGCUGUUUUCCAAGGGCUUUCAAAUGUAGUCUUGAACUGCAUUGUUCUGGGUACCAUUUUUGCUGGUGGAUCCUUGAUGGCAGGUGAUGAGAUGUCUGCGGGUGAUUUGAUGUCUUUCCUGGUGGCUUCCCAAACUGUGCAGAGGUCUUUAGCCAGUAUUUCAAUCUUGUUUGGACAGAUGGUGAGAGGCGUCAGUGCCGGAGCCCGUGUGUUUGAAUACAUGUCUCUGGAGCCUACCAUCCCCCUGACUGGGGGAGGCCGCAUUCCUACUGAGUCUCUCAUUGGAAGAGUGGACUUCAUGAACAUCAACUUCUAUUAUCCUACAAGACCUGCUCACCACAUCUUGAAGAACCUGAAUUUAACUCUACCUCCUUCUAAAACUGUUGCAAUUGUUGGAGAGUCUGGUGGAGGUAAGUCUACAGUUGCUGCUUUGCUGGAGCGCUUCUAUGACCCAGCAAGUGGAGUGAUCAUGCUAGAUGGUCUAGAUAUCAAAACUCUGGACCCCUCCUGGCUCAGAGGCAAAGUUAUUGGAUUUAUCAACCAGGAGCCGGUGCUCUUUGGCGCAUCUGUAAUGGAGAAUAUCCGGUUCGGGAAACCUGAGGCUUCUGAUGCCGAGGUCAUCACUGCAGCCAAACAAGCAAAUGCUCAUGGCUUCAUCACUGGCUUCCCCGAUGGGUACAACACUGUUGUUGGUGAACGUGGGGUGACGCUCUCAGGAGGUCAGAAGCAGCGCAUUGCCAUCGCCCGCGCCCUGAUCAAGAACCCCAGAAUCCUCGUCCUGGACGAGGCUACCAGUGCCCUGGAUGCCGAGUCGGAGAGAGUGGUCCAGGAGGCCCUGGAUCGGGCCACGACCGGCCGCACCGUCCUCAUCAUCGCCCACCGGCUUAGCACCAUCAAAGGGGCUGACCUGAUCUGCGUCAUGAACAAUGGCCAUAUCGUGGAGGCUGGCUCACACUUGGAGUUGCUUAGCAAGGGAGGACUGUAUGCUGAUCUGAUUCGUAGGCAGAGGUCUGAGGAAAAGAAAUGAACCUGCUGACCAUUUUACUGGACAGAUAGUAGAACAUACAAUAUGUAAAUGAGGAGUUUCUUCAUCUCAGGUGAAAGCAUCAAACAGAUGUAUUUAUUUAUAAGAUUAUGUUUACUGAUUUUAAACGUGACGUGUAUUUAGCACUUAUACAUUUUAUACACAACAUAUAACACAUCAUAUAAUGCCAGCAUAAGGAUGGGAAUUUUAAUAGGUUGCUACCGUCAAAUAAUAUACCAAUAAAAUGAAUAAACUUACCUGGAAAUGUC